AUUCGAAGCAUUACGGUAAUUUAAUUAAACGAAUAGAUCAACUAUUAAUUUAAGUUAUUUAAAAUGUAAGUGUGACUUCGGUAGAUUAGUUAAAAAUCAUACUCAAGUUUCCGUUUAUCCCACCUGUCUUUUAAACGAAACUAACACCUUGUUUAACUAAUCAUGCAAUUCUAAUCACGGAAUUAAUUAAUUAAUUUUGUUCAAUUAGUUAAUCUGUAGUGUGAUCACGGGAGUUUUCAAAUAAAUAAUAUUUUAUCUGAUGAAUUCAUGUAAUGAAUUAAAAAUAUUUAUUACAUGAAGUAAUUAAUUUUCUAUUAAAUUGAAUGAAGAAACAGUUCGCUGAAGUCACCCAUUAAUCAUUUUAAGACAGAAGUAGUGUAAUAACCCCUGUAGAAAAAUCCACUGCUGCUCAUAUAGAAAAAGAAUAUCUCAUACUUUAAAAAUAAAACAAACGAAGUCAAUUGGAAAGUUCUUUGCAUUUUUUUGUCCGAAAAGAAAAGAAAAAAAAAGGUUCAUGAAAAGGUGAAUAAUCGCUAUAACUUUAGUUGCGCAUUCAAAUCCACACAUUCUUCUGUAAUUGUUGAACAUCGCAAUGUUUUGUUUGUAAGGAUUUUAUCUAUUAUAUUUUUGAUUUCUGCACAUAUUGUUUCUGUUUUUGGACAAGCAAAAUUUCAAGAUGAGCAUAUUCUCAGAAAAGGUACUGUUAGCUUUUUGUCUAACUUCAUCUUUAAAUACGUUCUUAUAAAACAACGUGUAUUACAAAUAUAUUCGAACUCAUGACCGCAGAUAAAGCAGUAUUUGUGGCAAUGCUCAUAUUUUAAUAAUUCGUUUUGUUUCAAUAGUGAAGAUUUUAUUCUGACGGCUAUUAUUCAACUUUUCACUUCCCUUUAAAAAAUAACAAUUACAUUGUUCCGCCUGUAAACUGCAAUAACAAACAUCAAAAAAAUUGAAUAUAUUUUAAGCAUUAAGCUUUUGGUGCUCAUCCAAACCAACUAUUUAUCCAGACCCAUCAUUAUGUUAAGCAAAUUCAUCAGUAAUGCACGCUUCAAUUUCCCAUUCACACACCUCAACGUCCUUCCAUUGAACGAUGUGUUUUUGCCGCUUCUCCAUAUACUCUGGCUAUUUGUCACAAACUUAUAUAUAAAUUCUGAUUGAGGAAAGAAAUAAAACUUUUUUCAAUAUUUUAACAAAUGCUAUGGUAUCAAAAGAUUCAACUGUUCCACCUAGAAACACAAAAAGUAACCAGUAAAAAAGACUGUACGCCCAAUAUUGAGGCUAACGAUCUUUCAUUGCUGGAGUGUACAUUACACAGUAAAUACAAAAAUAUGUACGAGAUCAUGUUAUUAAAAUAUUUUAUACUUUUAAUAUUCUUAACAACAAACAGGGUACACGGACAAACAGAUAGGCAGCUGGGUAUGAGAAGAACCAAAAACGGAACAACAGCUUUGUUUCGAAAAAUUGUUGCAAAUAGAAAACUGAACAUAACACCGAUUACAGGGUACAGUAAUUGCAGUUUCAGAGAUUGUGGGAAAUACUGUGUUUAUAACAUACCAUGUGAAUCCUUUAACUACAAGAGGUUGGCAGGAGAAUGUGAAUUGUUAUCUGUGGAUAGAAAUAGCAAACCAGAUAACAUUACUUUUAUAAAUGCAACUGGAUGGGCUUAUUAUGAUACUGGAUUUAACAUUCGCCACCCCAAUUGGAGACAUAAAUACUUGUACAACGUAUCAUGUCCAGUCAACAAAUGUGAUAAAUGCACAUGUCUUCAACCACCUGAAGAAAAAACACAUCAAUGUUAUUGUUACUCAAAAGAGGGAUUAAUCAAAUUAGACGCUGGUGAUUGGUGUUGGUACGCAAAUGGUUCAUGUUCUGCAAGAAAUGGAGACCCAAUUGUAAUUAAACCAUGUGAUCAAAACGACGAUGGGCAACAGUUUGUGUAUGAUGGACAAAGUGGAAAUAUCUUUCAUAAAUGUUCGCAAAAGAAAGUUUGCAUUUUUGACAAUAUUGUGCUUGUAAUCGAGACCUGUUCCAGCCCUUGGUAUAUCACUGACCCAUACGGUUUAUCUUCACCAUAUCGUUGUCCCUUUCCAAACGGUGGUUUGCUUAAGUCUGAUAAUGGUUUAAGCUUGGUCGAACACGUUUGUUUAAACCCAAAAGGAAUUCAUAGAUUUCAAAACGGAAUUGACGGAAGAAUUCAAGUAAAAAUGUUUCGUGGUAUAAGGGAUCUGACUGCAUUAACUUCAGGCAUUUUUCCUGAGAACCCUUUUUAUGGAAUUGCUUGGUUUAACCAAUUCCACGCACCGUCGUACUUUUCGGAAGCUGACAUGUUCGGACGGCAACUUAAAACAGUAUUUAUCCCUCCAGUAACUGGAUCAUAUAUCUUUUACAUGGAGGUCAACGAGCGAGGGACGUUGUAUAUAACACAUCCCAAGUCUCCACAGAAACUGAUUAUGACGAUUGCCAGAUACACGACCUCGAUAAAGAAAUCAGCUCCUGAGUAUUUAAUUGCCUUUAAGAAGUACGGUAUUGAAGUGCUAAUGUUUGAGUGGUCACAUACAGAUCGUGUUACAGUUGGUGUUGAAUUUCCCAACGGGCAAGUUGAUUAUCCACUAACAGAAAAAUACUUGUUGCCACCCUAUUAAAAUUAUUGUAUUGAAAUUAUGUUUCACAUAACAUUUUCUUAGUUUUAAUUUGUAUUUUGUCAUUUAGUAAACAUUUUAUGAACAAUUUAUCUCAUCGUAUGGCUAGUUUUCUGCAAAUGUCGAUGCAGUACCAUUGAGCUUACAGAUUCAGUAAUUCAGUCUACUGUAGAAAAAGCAUGCCUAAAUAAUGCGUAAAUUGCGUGUUUUAAACAUAUGCGAUAUAAACGUUUGAGAUUGGACGAUAUAUCACUUGAAUGGAAGCUGUACAGUUAUAAUAAUUUCUCGUGCUUCGAAAGACACGAAGUGAGUUUGUGUGAAUAAUACCAAAACUGAAACAUCCUUCCUAUUUUUGUUUUGUUUGUAAUGAAUUAUUAUUAUUAGCGUUGUUUAAUUUUUUUUUAUUAAUUACAAAUAAAUGCAGUUUGUUAUGGUAUGUAUAAAGGAUUUUUCAGGAUUUUUUUUCUUUUUAACGCAAUAAAAAAAGGCUUUCUUAACAUCCCAUUUUUUAGUUCGGUGGGCAAUAAACAUCAUAGCAUAUUUUAGCCUCAGGUGUCUGGACAAAAAUGCUGAACUCUCUUCUUCAGAGCAUUAUUAGUUCUGACAAAGGAACUUUAUAUAUGUAUCAAGAAAAGCCUCGAAAAAUCUGAUUAAAUUGAUGAUACUGUUUGCAAAAAUUUAUUCCCUUAAGGUAUAAAUACAUUUUUUUAACACUGGCACAAUAUUUGCGGAACGGAAGCUCCAUCAAAUCGAUAUGUAUGUUUAUUUCUAAAAAAAAUCGCUUCCUUGUAUUGUAACUUUUUAUUCAAUGAAGAGCUUGCAAAGCAAGAGCAGGGACUA